AUGGAGCUCAGUCAUCUUCCUCUUGUGCUCUUGCUGAUUUCAAACAUCCACUCUGAAGACACUGAAGAAAACCCUAAAGCCAACUUGACUAUUACUCCUGAUCUGCAUGUGUUCAGAGGAGAGUCAGUCACUCUCAGAUGUGACAUUAAUGCUGAAGGAGUCUCUAGCUGGCUGUACAGCUGGUAUAAAGAAGGCUCAGAUUAUGCAUUCAGUGAAUUACAGGAAUACACCUUAAGGUCUGUUACUGAGUCUAACGCAGGUAAAUACUCCUGUUCUGGCACUGAGAGUAAAGGUUCACGCAGAUCACUAAUGAGUGAUGCAGUUCCACUGACAGUUUCAGCCCAGGCAGCUUUAAGUGUUUCUCCACAGAACUGGUUGACUAAAGGAGAUUCAGUGACUCUGAUCUGUGAGGUUCACGGCUCCUCUACAGGCUGGACAUUCAACUGGUACAUCAUAACUCACUACAGUGAUCAUUAUUAUUUUUAUUAUGAACCGCUCUCAGACAGCAGUAGAGGAGCUGGAGGAAAAUACACUGUCAGUUCUGUUGCUCUAAAACACACAGGAGUUUAUGUGUGUGAAGCAGAGAGAGGAAAACCAGCCUAUAAAACAGAUAUGAGCAACACACAGCCACUGUGGGUCACUGGUGUUUCUCCUCCAGUCUCUCUGGUCAUCAGUCCCAGCAGAGCUCAACACUUUAUAUCUGACUCUCUUUCUCUGAGCUGUGACGACAAGAGUAACUCUACUGGAUGGAGAGUCAGAAGAUACACAGACAAGGGAUGGAUGAGUGAUUGUUCAUCAGAAACAGGAUCUACAUGUACAGUCAGCCUCACCACAUCAGACACUGGAGUUUACUGGUGUCAGUCUGAGUCUGGAGAGAAUUAUAAUCCUGUUAAUAUCACUGUACACUCACUCUCUGGUGUGAUUCUGGAGAGUCCUGUUCAUCCUGUGACUGAAGGAGAUCCUCUGACUCUACACUGUUUAUAUAAAUCUACAACUCCAGCAAAGCUCACAGCUGAUUUCUAUAAAGAUGGAUCACUCGUCCAGAGUCAAACCUCAGAGAUGAUCAUCACUACUGUCUCAAAGUCACAUGAGGGUUUCUACUACUGCAAACACCCAGAAGGAGAGUCACCCAAGAGCUGGAUCUCAGUCAGAGCGUCUGGUUCAGAUUCUCAGAUCUCUGUCUUCAACAUACUCAGUUCUGGUCUGGCAUCUUUUCCAUAUCUGCUAGUGACAGUCGUGCUGAUUGUCAAAUGCUUGCUGAUUUCAAACAUUCACUCUGAGGACACUGAAGAAAAUCCUAAAGCCAGUGUGAGGAUUACUCCAGAUCUGCAUGUGUUCAGAGGAGAGUCAGUCACUCUCAGAUGUGACAUUAAUGCUGAUGGAGUCUCUAGCUGGCGGUACAGCUGGUAUAAAGAAGGCUCAGCAGGUGUAUUCGGAUAUUUACGGGAAUAUAUAUUAAAGGUUGUUACUAAGUCUAACACAGGUAAAUACUCCUGUAUUGGCACUGAGAGUAAAGGUUCACGCAGAUCACUAAUGAGUGAUGCAGUUCCACUGACAGUAUCAGACAGAGCCCAGAUAGCUUUAAGUGUUUCUCCACAGAACUGGUUGACUGAAGGAGAUUCAGUGACUCUGAUCUGUGAGGUUCACGGCUCCUUCACAGGCUGGACAUUCAGCUGGUACAUGCUAACUCAGUCAGACAACAGAGGUAAUUAUCAGCUGCUUUCAGACAGCAGUAGAGGAGCUGGAGGAAAAUACACUGUCAGUUCUGUUGCUCUAAAACACACAGGAGUUUAUUUCUGCAGGGCAGAGAGAGGAAAACCAGCCUAUGCUACAAAUUUUAGCAACAAACAGCCACUGUGGGUCACUGGUGUUUCUCCUCCAGUCUCUCUGGUCAUCAGACCCAGCAGAGUUCAACACUUUACAUCUGACUCUCUUUCUCUGAGCUGUGAAGACAAGAGUAACUCUACUAGAUGGAGAGUCAGAAGAUACAGACACAGCAGGUGGAUGAGUGAUUGUUCAUCACAAACAGGAUCUACAUGUACAAUCAGCCUCACCACAUCAGACACUGGAGUUUACUGGUGUCAGUCUGACUCUAGAAAGAACUAUAAUCCUGUUAAUAUCACUGUACACUCUGGUGUGAUUCUGGAGAGUCCUGUUCAUCCUGUGACUGAAGGAGAUACUCUGACUCUACACUGUUUAUAUAAAUCUACAACUCCAGCAAAUCUCACAGCUGAUUUCUAUAAAGAUGGAUCACUCGUCCAGAGUCAAACCUCAGAGAUGAUCAUCACUGCUGUCUUAAAGUCACAUGAGGGUUUCUACUACUGCAAACGCCCAGAAGGAGAGUCACCCAAGAGCUGGAUCUCAGUCAGAGAGGUGUGA